UUGCGCCUGACAGGUGAAGGUGACGAGGUUAGGAGCUGCAGCAGGGGAGAAACACCCCCCCACCUUCGCUCUCCGCUAUGUUGGGGGCUCAGUCCUUGCGCCUCCGUCCGAUUUGCAUUCCGGCUCGCUUUUUUUCCGCCGCCGCUGCUCCAGAAUCGGCACCCCCAAAGAAAACUCAAUUUGGUCCCCUCAAAGAUGAGGAUCGCAUUUUUACUAAUCUUUAUGGACGUCAUGAUUGGAGGUUGAAAGGGGCUUUGAGUCGAGGUGACUGGUAUAAAACCAAGGAAAUUCUGCUGAAGGGUGUUGAUUGGAUCUUGAAUGAAAUAAAGACUUCAGGCCUGAGAGGCCGUGGAGGAGCUGGUUUUCCCACUGGUCUUAAGUGGAGCUUUAUGAAUAAGCCUCCAGAUGGCAGGCCUAAGUACUUGGUAGUGAAUGCAGAUGAAGGGGAACCAGGAACUUGUAAGGAUCGGGAGAUUAUGCGUCAUGAUCCCCAUAAACUAAUAGAGGGCUGCCUAGUGGCAGGAAGAUCUAUGGGGGCUCGAGCUGCCUAUAUCUAUAUACGUGGAGAGUUCUACAAUGAAGCAUCAAACUUGCAGGUGGCAAUCAAGGAGGCCUACGAAGCAGGACUGGUGGGCAAGGAUGCUUGUGGCUCUGGCUAUGACUUCGAUGUCUUUGUAACAAGAGGGGCAGGUGCCUAUAUUUGUGGUGAAGAGACUGCACUUAUUGAAUCCCUUGAGGGCAAACAGGGCAAACCCCGCCUCAAGCCUCCUUUUCCUGCAGAUGUAGGGGUUUUUGGGUGCCCUACCACAGUGGCAAAUGUGGAAACAGUUGCAGUAGCACCUACCAUCUGCCGUCGAGGAGGUACCUGGUUUGCUAGCUUUGGACGUGAGCGCAACUCUGGCACUAAGCUCUUCAAUAUCUCAGGCCACGUCAAUACCCCUUGUACUGUGGAAGAGGAGAUGUCAAUACCAUUGCGUGAUUUAAUUGAACGACAUGCAGGCGGCAUUAGAGGUGGCUGGGAUAACUUGCUCGCUGUGAUUCCUGGAGGCUCUUCAACUCCGCUCAUCCCCAAGUCAGUGUGUGAGACAGUUCUGAUGGACUUUGAUGCCUUAGUGGAGGCACAGACCGGGCUUGGGACAGCAGCUCUCAUUGUCAUGGACAAAUCGACCGAUAUAGUUCGAGCCAUUGCCCGCCUCAUUGAAUUUUACAAGCACGAAAGUUGUGGGCAGUGCACACCUUGCCGAGAAGGUGUUGACUGGAUGAACAAGGUCAUGUGGCGAUUUGUGAGAGGCAAUGCACAAGUGGCAGAAAUUGAUGCACUCUGGGAAAUCAGCAAACAAAUUGAGGGUCACACUAUCUGUGCCUUGGGAGAUGGGGCUGCUUGGCCUGUGCAGGGUCUAAUUCGUCACUUCCGUCCAGAACUGGAGGAACGGAUGAGGCAAUAUAAUGAAUCUGAAAAACAGGCAUCUGGAUGAACAGUUAUAAAGCCCAUCUCAAAGAAGUUACACUGUUCUAUAAUAUUUUGUAGCCCAUGUCUACUUUUGCUUGGGCUUCAGUAACAGUGUUUAAUUUCUAUUAUUUGUGAAAACCUGCCCCAACUUCCAGUUUUUCUUUUUUGCUUUCUUCUUGGGCAGUUUAUUAAAUACUUUAGACUGAUCUGUGUAAUUUCUUACAGCAAGGAAAAUAAGGUGAAUACCUGGAUGUGAUCUUAUUUGAUUAUUGGAUUUAUAUGGCCAUAUGUGACUCUGGAUGGUGUACAGCAUUAGAAAUAGAAUGUAAUAUGCCCCAUGAAAGUAACCGAGAAUCAAACCACAUAGGAAGCCCUGCAACAUCUCACAGAACAGGCGCCCCAACAUCCUAUGUCUGAGGCCUUGAAUUGCCUUUAUAUACUUCUUGGAGUGAUUGAUAAUGAAAUGAAGCAAAGAAGUCUUUCCAAUCUAUAUGAGUUCAUGGGAAAAUAUUGUCCAAAACGACCAGUCAGGAUUCUGUAGUACAUAAAUAUAACUUUGAUGAACUCAUCUAAACCUUUACUUUCCCAUUCCUAAUUCUUCUUCUGCAAGGCCUAUAAAUGUGCAGAUGAAAUGGAAAGCUGAUUGUAUUAUUUGCAAAUAUUUUUAACUUUUUUAAGUAGUAAACAUCAGGAUGAAAUGGUUUAAUGCAGCACAUCUGGCUCUGCAGAUAUAUUUCAGUAUUGACUUGCAUAUGUAUAUAUUUCAGUAUUGACUUGCAUGUGCAGUUGGCCAUGUCAUGUGGGAAUUCACUGAAGAAAGCAAUUACGUUUGGAAGAAUUAGCGGCAAAAGGAACCCAGGCUGUGAAAGAACACGGUGGCUGGACACUUAUCAAAGCUGACACAAGCUACAGCAUAGAAAAACUCAAUGAAGUAGUGCAAGAUCAGAAGAUGUGGAGAGACCUGGCCCAGAGAAUUGCAAAGGGUUGGACUUGACUGAAUGAGUACCAUCAUCAUCAUGCUGUUGGAUGAGCAAUAUCAGUCAUUUUUAGAACCCACAGGCGUAGAAAGGAAGGAGAAGUGCAGUGUAAUAAAAGUGCAGUAAUGGCUUUCAUCCAUUACUACUUGAACUAGCUUUUUGAAUAAUGUAGUUUCAGGAUUCACGUACUAUGCUCCAAGUCCAAAAUGUAAUCAUAUUAUGGCUUAGUACACUAUGUAAUUCUUGUACUCUUGCCUCAGCUGUUGCUCUGGGAGAAAUUAAAAAGGAUAAAACAGAA